AAUAGCUUUAUUCUGUUUUACUAAUUGAUGAAGUAAAACUAUUUCUUAAAUUUUAACUACAACUGUAAUAUUUCAACACCACCUGCGCCGCCUGUCUGACUUUUUCACUUUCUCUUUCUCUUGAAGUCCACUUGGCAUUAGCUAAAAGCCCAAUCAUGUUUUCCUCACUCUUUGAAACUGCAAAAAAUAGUCAACUUGUAACUCCAAUUUUCGCCCGCUGUGAAGCAGCUCAAGGUGAAAGUCGGGCAGUUCAACCAACAAAUUUUAUUGUACCCAACAGAACUAUCUCAGCCGCUGCUGCUGCUGAAGGAGACAGCUGUGAAUAUGGUAGUAUGAAAUAUUAUGCUCUUUGUGGCUUUGGAGGUAUACUUAGUUGUGGUAUUACUCACACUGCUGUAGUUCCAUUAGAUUUAGUCAAAUGUCGAAUCCAGACCAACCCUGCAAAAUACAAAGGUAUCUUCAAUGGCUUUUCUGUUACGAUCAAAGAAGAUGGUAUGCGAGGUCUUGGCAAAGGAUGGGCACCUACUGCCAUUGGUUAUUCUCUACAAGGUUUAGGAAAAUUUGGUUUCUAUGAAGUUUUCAAGAAAAUCUACAGUGGUAUGCUCGGAGAAGAACUCUCCUACACAUGGAGAACUUCUCUCUACUUGGCUGCUAGUGCAUCUGCAGAGUUCUUUGCAGAUAUUGCACUGUGCCCUAUGGAAGCUUGCAAAGUUAGAAUCCAGACUCAACCAGGAUGCUCUCCCUUAUUGCGUAAAGUUGCACCCGCAAUUUACAGAGAUGAAGGAAUAAUGGGAUUCUAUAAAGGAAUAUCUCCCUUGUGGAUGCGACAGAUUCCAUACACCAUGAUGAAGUUUGCAUGCUUUGAAAGAACUGUUGAGGCUAUUUAUAAACACAUAGUACCAAAACCCAGAGAUGAGUGUACUAAGUCUGAGCAGCUUAUUGUUACUUUUGCUGCUGGAUACAUUGCUGGUGUGUUCUGUGCUAUUGUUUCACAUCCUGCUGAUACUGUGGUAUCAAAACUUAAUCAAGAAAAAGGCAGUACGGCCAUUGAAGCAGCCAAGAAAUUGGGCAUGAAAGGUUUAUGGAAGGGAUUGACUCCUAGAAUAAUUAUGAUUGGUACAUUGACCGCAUUGCAGUGGUUCAUCUAUGAUGCAGUCAAAGUCUGGCUGAGAUUGCCCAGACCUCCCCCACCCCAGAUGCCAGAAAGCUUAAAACAGAAAUUAGAAGCUCACCAAAAAUAAUCUGAAUAGAAUGUAAUUAAAAAGGAAUAUUAAUUUAAAAUUCAAUUCACCUUUCCAAAAUGAAAUUGUUCAAAAACUAGUAUCGCAAUAUUUGUGUGUAUAGUUUUUUUCCAACGUUUAUACAUUGUAUUUUUAAUCACGCUUAGAAGAGGUAUAUUUAAGAUUGUAAAAAGUCUUUAGUUUUUAAAAGGUUCAAUAAAUUCAUAUCUUUUUUUUUUUUGUCAUUCUACUCAUUUUAUACUUCAUUGUUGAUUGUGAUCAUGUCUGGCAAUUCUCAAUAUCCAUUGAGUUUAAUAAAUAUUUAUUCUGGAAA